GCAACCAGCAAAAGCUCACAGGACAAAGAUAUAAAAGGCGUCUGAAUCCCCUUUUGUAAUCAUUCAAGUGGAUUCCUUCCAUCGGACCUACGCCGUACAUCUGUGUCUCUCAUCUCUCUAGCCACACAUUCCACUUUUCUUCUCCAUCUGGCUGCUUCUUUGUCAUCAUGUCUACCGAUCUGAAGCCCCUCCGCAUUGUCAUGGCCUGUGAUGAGGCCGGCCAGCCCUACAAGGAGACCAUCAAGGCUGCUCUGGAGAAGAGCCCUCUGGUCGAGUCCAUCACCGACGUCGGCGUCAACUCCACCUCCGACAAGACCGCCUAUCCUCACCCUGCCGUCGCCGGCGCCAAACUCAUCAAGGAGGGCAAGGCAGAUCGCGGUCUCUUCAUCUGUGGCACCGGUCUCGGUGUAGCCAUCGCCGCCAAUAAGGUCCCCGGCAUCCGCGCCGUGACCGCUCACGACUCCUUCUCUGUGGAGCGCUCCAUCCUCAGCAACGACGCGCAGGUCCUCUGCUUCGGCCAACGCGUCAUCGGCAUCGAGCUGGCCAAGAAGCUCGCCACCGAAUGGCUCACCUACCGCUUUGAUCCCAAGAGCGCCUCUGCCGCCAAGGUCCAGGCCAUCACCGACUACGAGCGCGAAUUUGCUGCUGCUCAGUAGACGGUUCAAUUUGAGGAUUGGCUCUUGCAGCCGUCAAUUGGUGACGGACAGCCAUAUCCCUCUUCGCAUAUAUAAACUGUCGGUUGGACCGAUAUAUACGUGUAUACACACAUGAUUUUUUUUUGAUGUUAUCCAGCGAAUCAAUGAUACCACGACUGGCUGGGAUGAAUUGGCAGGCCGACAUCCCGUCCGAUGUCCAUCGAACUAUCUUUUCCCUGUUGAAAAAAAAAGAUAUUUGCAGGAUAGAUGUGAAUUAAUUUUUGGGGAAUUAUUUUUUCGUACAUACUCUUCUAGGUCCACACGAGUAAGAGUCCAGCAUCCAUAAUUAUAAGAAAUGGAUAAAUGGCAGCCUGCUCCUCGUCUUCAGCGUGAGGCAU